UAACUUUAUUUUCUCUCUUUUGAAUGUUCUGCAUCAUACAGUAGGAAAGGUCACCUUGCACAGUGACAGUAAUUAAGUAAUUCCUUCUCUUGCUCGUCCAGUUGACAUAUCUCCUCUCAAACAAACAGCCCAGUCGUUGUGUUUGGAAAUUGGUCAUGCCACCAUAAUGGGAGUCACGCGGACGCCCAACGAGCGGCGCCUUGGAGGAAAAAUUUGUGCUGUUCACCAACGCGCGUCUCCUUGCCGUUCUGGGAAGUGUCUGCAAUGGACGACCCUCUUUGGGACUGCGCACGCCUUUGAGCAUCACCAAGAAACGGCAUGAUCAUGGGGAGCAUGUGCUUUUAUUCAACGAAUUAGCCUGCACCGAAAGUAUAAGGCAGUCUCAGCUGUUCGCGUGUCUUUACUUGUUGUGUGCUGGCUUCUUUGGGAAACGGGUCAUCUUUGAUGGUUGGUGGUUUGAAAACGCCGUCUGAAGCGAUCCCUCGCCGGGCAAAGCAGAAGGUUACCAUGGCGACCAACUUCGGAACCAGCGUGGCACCGUGUGUGCUGGUACUUUGCAUGUGCGCCGCCCCACUGCGAGCCCGUUCGGGCACGACGCCCAACAUCAAGCACAUUGUGAUGGGCAGGUGCUUCAAUUACAUCACACUCGUCAACCCCGACAUCAGGUCGGACUGCGAGGAGAUCUGGCGAGCGUUCGAGGAAGCGGUGUUGCGGCAGGCCUCGUGCGACGUGGCCGCCGAGCACUACCGCCACAUGUUCCGAGCCAUGCCGCAAACGGGCGCCUGCGACCGGUUCCUGUUGUGGAGCAAGACGAGGACGUUGGUUCAGGACUACGCUGCAGUGGCGCAUCACUUGUGGACGCUGGAGGACACACUGGUGGGCUACAUGUUUAACGACCUCAUCUGGUGCGGCCAACAAGAACACUCCGAUUUCAAUUUCGGAUCAUGUCCCGAGUGGUCGGCGUGUGUACAUCAUCCCGUCCACUCCUUGUGGAGGCAAGCUUCCAAAAAUUUUGCGGAAAUGGCGUGCGGCAAUGUGACUGUGCUGCUCAACGGCUCUAUUGAGAAGGCCUUCAACAGGAACAGCAUGUUCGGAAGUGUGGAGCUGGACAGUUUGAAUCCGCAGCGGGUCCACUACGUCAACAUCAAAGUGGUGGCCAAUCUGGAUGGCCCCUUCAUAGAAUCCUGUGACGGGGGCUCCAUCGCGGACUUGAUCCACAUCCUGCAGACUAGAGGAUUCCGCUGGACCUGCUCUGACCACGACCGCAUCCUGACCAUGCUGCAGUGUGUCCACAAGCCGGAACAUUCGGCGUGCCAUACCUGCACCGACUGCCAUCCGAUGAACUGGCAAAUUAUGGACAAAUUUUGGCGCGCCAAGACAAACUUCAGGUCAGCCAAAUGACUGCUCCUAUGAAAAUGUGACAGUAAAGUUGCAUUUUUUUUUUUAACUUUGCGAAAAAUAAUUGUGUUUUGACAAUAAUAUAGCCGGAUAUUGUUGAUGUUAUUUAAAAGAUUUUACAAUAAAGCUGAAUUUUUGCAAUAAAUAAAA